UUUUUUAUUUUCGCUUCUGCAGCUCUUGUUCGCUUCAAUUUGCUUCCCUUUCUCUUUGUAUAAAUCACAAUCAUGGACGUCGACGCUACACCACAGGAGGAGCCUAAGAACUACAUUGCGCUGCUGGAAGUGCCCGAAGACAAGCUCGAGAUUCUGCCGGGUGCCAGCCAGGACCUGACAUCCGCGACCUUCUGUGUCAAGGAGGAGGACCACACGCUGGGCAACGCGCUGCGGUGGGCCAUUAUGCAGAACAGCCAGGUCGACUUUUGUGGCUACUCGAUCCCGCACCCCUCGGAGGCCAAGAUGAACGUGCGCAUCCAGACCACGGACAAGACCGAUGCUGUCCAGACCAUGGACAAGGGCAUUGACGAUCUGAAGUCUGUUAGCCAGUUCAUCAAGGCGCGGUUCCAGCAGCGUGUGGCCGAAAACAACUAUGCCCGCACCAACUAGAACCGCUCCGGGAUGUAGAGAAUAAACAGCAGAAAAGAUAAAAAGCACACGUAGCGUAAUGUAUGAAGGCGACAAAAAUUUGAGUAAUAUUUCUUUUGUGUUCAAGCGAGAUGGCGAGGGGGUUGGGAUAAACUACUUGGAUUCGCGCUCUCUACUGGGCAGCGAUGGGGGCCGACUCGGUCGCCCGCUUCUUGGAGUUUUGCUGCUGCUGCUGCUUCUGCUGCUUCU